ACGCCCUCAAGAGUUUGCAUUCAGUUAGUUCAUGGUCACGCCGUUGCCCGUUCUGUCCGCUGGAAAGUGUCGCAAAAAUACUCGAAAUUUAGGAUAUAUUGGUGCUGUAAAAUGAGGUCGAUUAGUUCCAGAGGUAAGGGGCGGCACUUACCAGCAAAGAAGGAGACAAAAGGUGCUGAAACACACGAAAGUAUGUCCCGUCAUGUCCGAGUACCCACCGAGCAUGCCGACAACCUCCAGUGUUGGACUCCUCAAGCAUCCACGGCCCUCAAGAUUCUCAUCUCAGCCCGUUUCUGUGCCGCUCUUCUCAGCAACAUCUCUGACUGUGAUGAGACUUUUAACUAUUGGGAGCCUACCCAUUACCUGAUCUAUGGAGAAGGUUUUCAAACCUGGGAAUACUCCCCAGCCUACGCCCUCCGUUCCUACGCAUACAUCUUCCUCCAUGCCUUGCCUGGUAGACUUCACUCCUACCUUCUAGCUGCAAAUAAGAUCUUAGUUUUCUACUUCACACGAUGCCUUCUGGGAUUAACCUGUGCAUUAUGUGAGCUCUAUUUUUAUAGGGGUGUAUGCAAGAAUUUUGGAGCAAGCGUUGGACGUUUGACUCUAUGCUUCUUACUGUUCAGUACAGGAAUGUUCAUAUCAAGUGCUGCUUUCCUACCCAGCAGUUUUUCCAUGUACAUGACCAUGGUAUCCAUGGCAGGAUGGUAUCUCGGCAACUAUCCAGUUGCAAUAAUGAGCACAGCAGUCAGUGCAUUUGUGGGGUGGCCGUUUGCUGGAGCAUUAGGCAUCCCCAUUGCAAUUGACAUCAUCCUUCGGGAGAAGAGAGCUACUCUGUUUAUCAAGUGGUGCUUGCUAGCCUUUGUCUUUGUGUUGCUCCCCUUGGUGUGGAUUGAUUCUCAGAUGUUUGGUAAGCUCGUCAUUGCACCCCUCAACAUCGUCAUGUACAAUGUCUUCACCGAUCAUGGAGCUAAUCUGUAUGGUACAGAGCCAUUCAGUUUCUACUUCAUCAACGGAUUCCUGAAUUUCAAUUUUGCUUUUUUCAUGGCACUGGUUGCGCUUCCCUUUUCGUUUGCAGUCAACUGGUAUGUGAAGGGGCGACCGGUAUCCAGCUCUGAGCCCCUACCCCACUGGCUCACACUCAUGCCCAUGUACAUCUGGAUCCUGGUCUUCUUCGGCCAAGCACACAAGGAGGAGAGGUUUUUGUUUCCCAUCUAUCCAUUCUUCACUCUGGCUGCCGCCAUCACGAUGUCUUCUAUACAGAAAUUGUACCAUCGGAUCUUCACACCGUACCGACUUCAGCACUACACGUGGUCUUCCAACUGGUUAGCCGCCACGGUGGCCAUCCUAUUCAGUGUCUUAUCUCUGUCACGCUCGGCUGCACUCUUCUUUGGUUACCACACCCCUAUGGACCUCUACCCUCUACUCGGUGGUAUAGCAGAAAACAAAGAGAUCCACACGCUACCCUCUGACCGACCCGUCAAUGUCUGCGUGGGCAAGGAGUGGUAUCGCUUCCCUAACAGCUUCUUCCUGCCAGAAAACUGGAGGUUACAGUUCAUCGAGUCAGAGUUCAGAGGUCAACUUCCCAAGCCUUAUGCAUCUGGCAAUGAUGCUACUAAAGUCAUACCUACGGAUAUGAAUGAGUACAACCUGGAGGAGACAUCAAGAUAUCUUGACAUCAACAAGUGCCAUUAUCUAAUUGAUCUGGACCUACCGCAGGGGACAAAACGUGAGCCCCGCUAUGCCCUCCUGGAAGAUGAAUGGGAGGUGAUAGAAAGUAUGCCAUACCUAGACUCACAAAGAUCCCAUCGGUUGCUCAGGGCGUUCUAUGUUCCCUUUGUCUCCUCAAGGCAUGUCUCUUUUGCAAAUUAUGUCAUUCUGAAAACGAAGCGACGGAAAGUAGUCAACAAGAAGAAGCCCAACUUGAAAGAUGUCGCAGAUGAGACAAGAUGAUACAUGUCAUAGGUUGGGAAGACAUACUAUUUUGAUGAAAAAGAAUGUAUUGGGUUUUUAUAAAUUUUAUUGGUUUUUUUUUUAAUUCAAUCUGUCUGUAACCAGGCAGGUUCACAAGGUUGGAUGAUGGCACAUUCCUAUUUUAUUUCUUCAAUGGCUACUGUUUUUCGUAUUACAGUAACACUGAUGUUGCCAGGCAGCAAAUUAUUUUUUCCCUAUUAAAACAACACCGUUUGGAUGGUUGAUGAGUGCCCUCUACAAUACUUUUUAUUAUACGUACGCAGGUAUAUACUGCCAUGGACUUUCGAGCUCUGCGAUGGCUCAGCUUGAUAGUGGCAUGGUUUUAAGAUCGGAGGGUGUGAGUUCGAAACCAAUUUUUUUUUCCAUUUUCAAUUUUGUGUCUUUUGUAAUUUGCGGCUUUUGAGGAUUUUUUUAAAAAUGGAAAUAAUGUCCGAAUUUUGUUAAGAUCGAAUUCAUUUCUUUUUUUCUUUAUAUAUUUUUUCUCUUGUUUUUUUCAUGUUUUCAUGGAGGUCAAUCCCAAAACCUCAUAACGUACUCUGCAUUCGCUUAUGUUGUUUGGGAAAAAAUAUUCGCUGUCAGGCGGGCCAUGGUUUCCCCGUAACCCUUGCAUAAACGCUCAAAUUUAACAUUAAAUCUCUUGAUUGUUUUCUUUUUUUUUAAUCAAUGCUUUUAACCGGACUGACUGCUACAUCGUACGUAAUUUUCCUCACUGUAUCCAUAAGGUAUAAUCUUUAACCCCAUAACCCUACUCGCCCAAUACUGCUGUUCCUGAGCCGGCAAGCAGUGAGCAUUUUGACCAAAUCAUGUAAAAAACAAUUUAAAAUAUAUGUGAUGUAGCCAUCAUUUGUGCAGAGUUUGUGUGUAAUUUGACAAAGCCAUAAAGAAGUAAUGCAUAAGGUUGAUAUAGUCUUGCGGGAAACUUCUGAAAUGAACCUAACAAUUACAAAAAACAUAAAUAACAAAUGUGUGUUAUGUUGUUCUUGUCUCCCCUUUUUUUGUGUGGACAAUAUUUCAACACACCUGACAUGGCACAGAAUCAAUAGGUCACUGGGAAUUUUCCUGAGCAUUAUUUACAGAAAUUUUCAAAACUUAAUAAUUUCAACAACAACAAAACUAGAAAAAGACGGAAAUUGACAUGUACCGGUGUUGCAACAUUGUAUGUACUUCUCUAUAUAACAUGACAAAACAGUGUAUGUCUCUAUGUAACAUGACGAAACCGCAACCUUCAGGCAACUUUGUCGUAAUGUCUUGUGUUUGCUAGGGGCCUCUUGAGUUGCCUUGAGCUGACUAGCUUGCUGGUUCAACCUUGUGUCAACUGCUUGUUGAUUCUGCAGUCAUCUCCCUCACCAACCUCCACCUUUGUUAAUCGGGCCUCUACAUUAGGGGGUGGAGGCGGGGUUUCCCACGAAAGUACCUUGUCCCAUAAAUCGGUGAAGGAGAUGUCCUCCUGUCUUAAACCAUAACUCCUGACAACCUAACUGAUCAAACAGUGAAACACACAUAUAUCAGCUAAUUCAAUAACUGUGACCUUGUGCUCUCCAGCGGCAUAAGUUGCAUGAAGCAAGAGCCUGGUGUCUGCUUCUUCAUGGUUGCAAGUUAAAGUAGGAAUGUCUUCUAUCUUUCCUCUCGUGACCAUCAGUGCCUCUUCUCCAUUUUUGAACUCACCGCCUAGAAGUAGUUUCUGGUUGACUUCCAAUUUUCCUUGCCGAUCUUACAAAGUGCCUCCACAAUGAAGUUGAUUUUGCUGGUGAGGUCUGUGAUGCACUUUGUCCACUGUUCUGGGAUUGGUGCAGCGGCACUGUAUAUCUUCACUUCCAAAGCCGAAGUUGCACUUCUCUUUAAAUGUUCAGCACCUUUAAUGGAUUCUUUUUUGGUACUGAUCAAAAACCAAAUCAACCUGUUUGUAUCCCUCGUUAUGGAGAGGAGCUGUUACAAUACUGUAAUACUUUGAAGCCAACGCUCCGAAAAUUGAUGCACCACCUGUUAUAACCAUCUUUACCAUGGCGUCAAACAAAUACCCAACCGUCAGCCCUCUGUCUGGUACCGGCCUCUUUGCAAUGGACUCAACAUUCUUCUCCAUCUUGGUGAGCGGGACACUUUGGACUGUUGUUCGAAUGCUACCAUCAGGAUGGGCAAGCGAGUAUGGGACAGUUUAUAACUCAAAGAUAAGCAGUUCCUUUAAGUUGAUUUCUCUUGUUUUUGCAUCAACAACAACACGCCCAAACAACUGCUGAUCGCCUGUAACCGAGAUGAGCUUCUCUUUUGCUGUCUUUAUGCUACUUUUCUUUGUCAGUGAUGCGAAUGUCUGAAUCUUGAGUUUCGGUAUGGCAGUCCAGAAGCUGACAUCAUUACUGUUGAAUCUCUUUUAGAUGAAAGCUGUCGUCUGUUCUUGACCAGAUGCAUAGACACUGAGAAGUUGUUGUGAUGUUUCUUUAAGUAAAACCAUUUCUGUAGCUAGUUUAGUGAGUGGCAAAGCUGUUUAACCCUCACUGUCAACUUCCUUGAGGCCAAAAGGAUUAGACAUCAGUCCAGACGUGAAGGCAGAUACCAGCUUGGUGACAUCUUCAUCUUUUUUACGUCCCUUUGGAGACACAAUUUCCUCCUUGUGCGUCCCAACUCAGUCUCUUUCCUAGAGGCCACACAUUUUCUUCAGUGCUGCUGUCAUUGAAGCCCGCUCAUGACAUGUUUGCUGGAAAGACCUGUACUUUCUCCUAGCCACUCGUGCCUGGCGGAACUCCUCAGCAACGACUCGUAGUUCCUUUCGUAGUGCCUUGAAGUUCAUGCCCCUAGGUUGCAUUGGUGCUAGCCGCUGUCGCACUGCAUUAUCGUGGAGCCCGGUCAUAAAUUGUGUCGUGAGAAGGAGAUCUCUAUUUUCGCCCAAAGAUACAUGGCCUCCCUGUCUCUUCUUCACGUUCUCCACAUGCCUUAGGAGAGCCUCCAGAGCGAUUGCAUACUCCCCAGCGGUCUCCUCUGGUCUCUGCUUCCUUGCGAAGAAUAAUGCGAUGGGAGCUGUGGCCGCACUACCUUCCCCGAACUCAUCGAGAAGCUCUGUAAUUGCCUCCUCUGCUGUAACCUCCCCAUGGCUCCCCAGGUUGAGGAUGACAUCUCGUGCCUCAGCUUUCGUGUGUCUAACGACCUCGUGGAACUUUACUUUCUCUGGUUGCGGACCCUUCGCUUCUAGCAGAUACCUCAUAUCACGAGCCCAGUCCUCGACUUUCAGCCCAUGCUUCUUGGAGUACGACCCACUGAACGUUGGUACAUCCCUCAGCUGAUGUGCGGUAUAUGUACAGGGAAGGCGGGCCUUUGGUGGCGUUGUGGCGGGAGUGUGGGCAUCAAGGGGAUCGAAUUCUGCCAGAUGGAGAGGGCUUGGGUAGAUGGUAGGCCCUGCUGGUCUCAGCUGGCUGCUGCUCAUCACUGUUGGGUCACAAUAAAUUUGUCGCUGUCUUAAGCGCAUUAUUUCUUCUUCAGCUUCUUCGUUAUACGACAAAACUUGCGUGAAACUCUUUUACGCAUGGUUUUGAUGGUCACGAGCUUGUUCUCACGUAUGGCCGCAUCCGCACUGCCUUUGUUUUUCCAUAAGUUUAUUUUGAUUUUGCUCUGACGGUCUUUGAUAUCCAGCCACUCGAGUUCACGUCGGGAUGAUUUCUCUGAGAUUUUCACAGGUGACACCUUUCAGACCAAAACAAUACACACAAAAUAUCCUAUUAAAUCACUAGCAAAUAUGCAAUACCAAAAACAUUUAUUUCUUCCUAAGAAAAAGAACCCACAAGUAAUACACCUACAUCAAAAAACACUGCAAGACAAUAAAACUUCAAAUACUUUGUCCACAUUCACAACUACAACUCAACCCACCAAUCGCCCAUGAUCACCAACUCUGAUUUAGCUGGGGAAAAAACACAUGCAUAUCACACACUUGCCAGCUAAAAAUGACUGGAAAAAAAUUCCCCAUCUUUAAACCUUUCUUGAAGCUUAAUUGUCUCCCAGUUCUCUAGAUAUAGGACUUUUAAAUUUGCACAUUUAAAAAGAAAGCUUGCUGUUUUAUACUUAGUACAGCUGGGAAAAAGAAACAUACCUGUACCAAUUUUUUUUUUUGGGGGGGGGUGUUAUCUGGUCUGUAGGUUCUUUUAGAUUUCCACUUCGACCUCAGCAAAACGAGAGAGCUACAAUGAUUGAGCUUCCUCCUUGAAAAACAUCUUUCCCUGGCUUGAACAUUAAGGGAAAGCUAAAUCUUCAUCAGACAAGGCGCCGAUCUGUGCAGUGUAUGGUUUUUUUUAACCCUUUUAAUUCCAAAAAGUAUGAUGCAGUCGGCAGAGAGUAUAUUGAUAGCUAGCCUAUAAUAAGCAGGGGCAGGGAUGUGGCGAGUCAUAAGAUGGAUCACUAUUGAAAUGAAUAUUAUGUUGAAAUUAUGCAAUUGAUUAUUUUGUUCAUAAUAGUUUGUGUCUCUCUGGCCCUGU